GUUGACUUGUGGUGGGUGUGCGUUACGGACGGAAGCUUGCGUGCUCUCGCGCAGAUUACCGCGCUCACAGACCAGUGUAGAGGGGCCAUACACACGAUGGAAUGUGUCAGUUUUGUGUGUGAUUUGUGAUUUUGAAAUUUUGUGGCUUUGAGGAUUUGACCUGUGUCAAGGAAUUUUUGCUUUUUGGAACAUAUUUUUCGGUGACAGGUUAUGUGUGCGUGCUGUUAGAUAAGCAACAGUGUGGUAGGAUUGUUGAAGUGAUCCAACAGUGUGGAAUGGUUCCUGUGUGUUGGCGGUAUCUUGUUGAUUUGUGCGGUUGAGGCGAGUUCAGCACAAUGGGGAAGCUGUUGUCAAAAAUCUUCGGUAACAAGGAGAUGAGGAUAUUGAUGCUGGGCCUCGAUGCUGCCGGAAAGACUACUAUUUUAUAUAAAUUAAAAUUAGGUCAGUCAGUCACAACGAUACCUACGGUCGGUUUCAAUGUGGAAACUGUAACGUAUAAAAACGUCAAAUUCAACGUCUGGGACGUCGGAGGGCAGGACAAAAUACGACCUCUUUGGAGGCAUUAUUAUACAGGCACUCAAGGUCUAAUAUUCGUGGUGGACUGUGCGGACAGGGACCGCAUCGACGAGGCCCGUCAGGAACUGCACCGGAUCAUCAACGACAGAGAAAUGCGUGACGCCAUCAUACUCAUCUUCGCUAACAAACAGGAUUUGCCUGACGCAAUGAAACCCCACGAGAUACAAGAGAAGUUGGGGCUGACGCGCAUCAGAGACCGCAACUGGUACGUGCAGCCGUCGUGCGCGACGUCCGGCGACGGGCUGUACGAGGGGCUCACCUGGCUCACCAGCAACCACAAGUUAUGAGCUGCAGAGUAGGCGGCUCUGUGCCGCCGCGCCCGCCACGGUGAGGAUGUCGAUGCCAUUUAAUUUAAGUAAGCGCCCGUGUGCCGGAACAAGCAACGUCAUUGUGAAUACCAGUGUUGAUUCUUUAUAAUGGUUAUACAGACAAAACGCUCCAGUGCGCAGUGUACGGUGCGAGAGACUGUCCGUGUGAACACAACCUUAGAUAGCAAGCAAGCGAACGCUUGUCACAAAAUCAAAUAUUCCAUAUUUAAAAAAUAAUAAAAAAAAACAAAUUUAGAAAGUUUUGUUGUAACGAUAUUCGAUUAUUUUUUUAUGUUAUUUAAAGAAUUAUUACAUAAAGUAAAAUGAUUUUUUUUUAUUUAGUUAAUGUUUACCUCCUUUGUAUAGUAAGGUAGAAUAAAGUUUCUAAUGCAUUAUUGUGGGUAAUCGAGGACUAUGUAUGGAUGGUCGCAAUAUUGUUUAUUACGGAUAUUUAAGUGAUAGUUAUGCACGCUGCGUAGGUCAUUCGUAUAGCGUGGCUUGACUGUUGUUAGCUAAACUUCAUACAGAUCAAUGGCUAAGAAAAUCAAUCAAAUCAAUAAAAAUUAACAAGUUAUUUCUACCCUUCGUUAUUUAUAAGGACAUUUAAAAUUUAAAAUUGACAUGUUAUACAUCACUAUUUAAUUUAUAUUGAAAUUAUUUAUAUUAAAAAAUUACUAUAACACUAUUCGCUUCACUUGAAUUAGUUUUCGCACUAAUUGAAAUGUGAACAUGGAUUGACUAAUACCUGUGCACUCGAAUUUGAGUCUUAUUGCCUUGUAACAAUAGUCAAGCUACCCUGAUACAAUAAUGUACAUAUUGAAGCAAUGUAUGUACAUAUUGAAGAGUAUUUUUAUUACUGUCGCUGUUUUGAAUGUUGAUUUUUGUAUGCGAAAUGUUUUAAGACAAAAUCUUCUUAUGUAUGUAUGAACUAUGAAUAUUGCUUUCUGCUUUCUAUGUGAUUCUUUGGACGGUGCUGGCGCUUUACUAAGAUUGAGCUGAUAUGCGCUUGUUUUUGUUACGUCUUGUGUAUGUCGCGAGGAAAUAAUCUAUGAAACUUGUCCUGAUUUACUAAUUCUAUAAUGGCACGCAUAUAAAUCAAUAGAAAUCGCACUCAAAUACGUUCCUUUAUUCUGGAAGCUAUGGUGCCAUGAAUCAACAUUCAGUUAGAUAGGUUAAACUUAUAUCCUUUUGGUGUCGUAGUUUAAACAUUGUCUUCAAUUAUUGAUUUAUUCAAAGAAAUACACUGCUGGAAUCGGUAUAAUAACUCCUUAAGCAGUUUGUCUUAGUAAAGCGCCGUAAAACUGUGCCAGUAGUCGAGUCAGUACGGGGACCACCUGAUUUUGUAAAUACGGCUCAUUAAUGGACCUUGAAAUGAGAUUUUUCUAGCGAAUUAUUUAAAUUUUAUAGCUUUGUUUUGUGAGGGCUUUUGCCAAAGGGUGAUUUUGCUUAUACAAGGCUGAUUUUUAGAUGCAAACUGUAUGCCCAAGCUUCAUUGUUUAUGAGUAGGGAUCAAUUAUAAUAUCACUCAAGGUUUCAAGCCAUGCUAGGUGCUCAACUGAUAAUGGCGUCGCUGUCUAUGAGCCCCUAGCUUAGCUCGAAAGUAGUCGAGUUACCAUGAUUAAUAUCAAUAAAUAGUUUUCAUGAAUCUGAGAUUUUUUUGUAACAAUACAAACUUAGUUCUCUGCUCUAUAAAUUAUUCGAGGCAUAUAAAAAGCUUACGCUAUGCGACGAUUGAAGGAACAUGGAAGUAUAGCAAUAAAUAGAUUUUCCAUACGAUUUAGAUAUAAAGUAAUUUUAUCAAAUUAAUAUAUUCAACGAAAUUAGGAACUCAAUGAGAGUUAGAACAUCGAUGUCGUUGAUUGUUUAAGUAAUAGGUAUUGCUAGGAAGGCUGGUUUCACCGUUGACUCAAUAAACUUGGUUUGACGGGGUUUUUGAAGAGAUAUCGUUGAUCCUAUGUUAAUUUAACGAUGGUGGAGCCAGCCUGUAAUUGUCCUUGUGUAAAUAUUGAGCGGGGAUUAGUUAUCGAUUGUAGAACAUUACAAUACGCGUCUAUACGUUUUUAAUAAUUAAGAAAUUCUGUGCGCCUAUCCCCGCUCUUUCAAACGUUAAAGGGACUCUUAGAAUCACAGCAAAGUUAGAAGUAGAUAGAAUUUGAAUCAAAUGUACGUGAGACAAUAAUUACUAAUACAAAAUCGUCUUGCGCCUCAACGUUUUGAUCUAGAACGUGCUCUCAAUCAUAGUAACACGUGUUUAAUCAAAAUUAGCUCUUAUUUCCAGGUCCAUAGCCUAAAUUUUCGGCAACCUUUACUAUUUGUUUGUACUGAUUUCUUGCCUACAUCUAGAAUUGUGUAAUUGCGAGUAAAUACGACGAAAGCUUUGUUAACUUUUUUCUGUUAAAACUCACCUAUACUUUGUGAUAUAAAUAUAUUUCAUAGAACAUUUAAUGUAUGAUUAUUUUCUAGAAUGUUCGAAUUGAUCGAUGGUAAUACUCUUAGACAUGACAAUAUACAAUAGGUCAUGCUCUUACAAAUUUAGAACUGAUUUAACUUUGAUAAUCAAUUUUAUUUUCAACUUAAAGUGCAAUUAAAAAUUUCUAGCAACUAUUUUGCACGGUGAUGUAAAAAUAUUUAUAAUUUAAAUGGUGAUGUACCGCCGGGUUUAGCGCGGAAGCGUUGCUAAUUAAAAACCUAUUGUAUAAUAUUGUAGAAAGAUAAAUUCAAUAUAAAUUCACCCUUGAAA